AUGCUGAGCGGCAGGAUGAACUCGGCGGCCAGCGACGACUACCAGUUCGCGGCAAUGCAGCAGCAGCAGCAACCCCCGCAACCCUACCUCGGGUUCGACCACGCCGCCAUGGUGUCCGCCAACGCGGGAGGCGGCCAGCGCGGCCACCAGGGGACCAUGAUGUACGACAACUUCGACUUCGCGGCGGCGGCGGCCGCCUUCGGGCAGUUCCAGCAGGAGGCGGCGCCGCACCACCACCACCAGAUGCUGUCCCUUCCCCCGCCCAACGGCGCCGGCGGUGGGCUGAUGGCGCCGCCGCCCAUGCCCCACGGCAUGCAGCUCCAGAUGCCGCCCAUGCCCAUGGCCAUGCACGGCGGCGACAUGUACCCCGCGCUCGGCAUGGUGAAGCGCGAGGGCGGCGGCGGCGGAGCGGACGCGGGCAGGAUCGGGCUCAACCUGGGCCGCCGCACCUACUUCUCCCCCGGGGACAUGAUGGCGGUUGACCGGAUGCUGAUGCGGUCCCGCCUCGGCGGCGUGUUCGGGCUCGGGUUCGGCGGCGCGCACCACCAGCCGCCCCGGUGCCAGGCCGAGGGGUGCAAGGCCGACCUCUCCGGCGCCAAGCACUACCACCGCCGCCACAAGGUGUGCGAGUACCACGCCAAGGCUUCCCUCGUCGCCGCCGGCGGCAAGCAGCAGCGCUUCUGCCAGCAGUGCAGCAGGUUUCACGUGCUCACCGAGUUCGACGAGGCCAAGAGGAGCUGCCGGAAGCGGCUAGCCGAGCACAACCGUCGGAGGAGGAAGCCCGCCGCCAGCAGCAACACUGCGGCCGGGUCAAAGGACUCGGCGCCACCUUCCAAGAAACCCAACGCCGGCGGCGUCAUGUCCGGCUCCUACACCGCCGACAACAACAAUUUGAGCGCGGCCAAGUCGACCAUCUCGUCGAACACGAGCGCGAUCAGCUGCCUGCAGCAGGACCAGAACAAGGUGGCGAGGCCGACGGCGCUCACCCUUGGCGCGCCGCCGCCGGUGAAGGACGACUACCAGCUCAACGCGAUGCAUCUCCAAGCCCAAGCCGACCACCACCACCGUCACCAGGAGCAACAGCACUUCAUCACUUCCCUCCUCCACAGCAGCAACAACACCAACAACAUCCUGUCGUGUUCAUCGGUGUGCUCCAGCGGGUUGCCCUCGGCAGCGGCAGCCAACGGCGAGGACUCCGACCAGAACAACAACGAUGGCGGCGGCAGCAACAACAACAACGGCAAUAACAUGCAUCUGUUCGAGGUGGACUUCAUGUAG